AUGGCCUCUUCGAUGCCCCUCGUGGGUCGGAGUUUGGCCAUCUUUACCGUUUCAAUCGUGAUGAUGGUCCUGUCUUUUAUCACUGUCUCGUUGAGAGUCUUCGUGCGCAUGUAUAUUGUCCGGGCCUUCGGUUGGGAUGAUACUCUGAUGGUUGCAGCGUUGGCUUUGUUCAUCGUAUUAGGUACAUGUUGCAUGAUUGGGUCAAAGGAUGGCAUUGGUCACACUGAAACCGAUUUCAAAAACCUGGAGUUAUAUAAAAGAGCACUCCUUUGGUGGUGGCUUGGUCAGAUGCUAUAUCUAUGGGCAUCCGUUGUUGCAAAGGUAUCUAUUGCGCUUGCACUACUCCGGUUGACAGUCAAAAAGCUACAUCGAAUGAUACUGUAUGCAGUCAUUGGUCUUGCUAUCAUCAUUGCUCUCAUGUUCUGGCUUGUCUUGCUUCUCGACUGUCACCCAAUAUCAUACUUCUGGGAUCAAGCAGAUCCUUCAGCAGGCUCUGGGACAUGUCUGAGCGUCAAAAUUUUGCUUGAUAUUGCCUAUCUUUACAGUUCCCUCACGAUAAUUUGUGAUUUCACCCUUGGAAUAUUGCCAAUCAUUUUGGUCUGGAAUUUGCAGAUGAACCAAAGAACAAAAGUAGCAGUUGGCAGUAUUUUGAGCUUGGGGGCCAUUGCAAGUGUGGCUGUGGUGAUUCGACUUCCAUUUUUGCAUUACUAUGCUGAUUCAGAUUUCCUAUAUUCCACUUAUCAAAUUGCUAUUUGGUCUAUCAUCGAAACAGGCCUUGGAAUUAUCGCUGGGAGCCUUAUCACCCUUCGUCCCUUAUUCCGUUGGCUGCUGGAUGGAAGUAUUUCGUAUGGACGAAAUGCGCGAAAACAAGGAAGAAAAACAGUCAGCUACCCGCUGUAUAGCUUCAAGAGCAAUCGUGUGAAAGAAAGUGAUGACCCAAGCUAUUGGCGGCCUGACAUAGAUGCGGGCAGUGGCAAACUCGUGAUUAACACCGUUUCGUCACCGCGGUCAAACAAUUUUGCAGACGACAACGGUAGCCAGGAGGCUUUGAAUCCUGAGCUCAGGCCAGUGGCUUCAUACGGACAACCCCCUGGAGUGACUGUGAAAAAGACAUUUGUACAAGUAGUAGAAGAGCGAUAG